CAGAGAGAGAGAGAGAGAGAGAGAGAGAGAGAGAGAGAGAGAGAGAGAGAGCAAAUACAGACGAACAGCCUAAACACAACUACGAGUCAACGGAGAGGGCUCGUCAGUUUGUUUUAUUAAUUUCUCUGCGGCAGUCAGGUCUGUCCCUGCCAACCGAGCCGAAAUCACUGCACUCUGUCCAAUACGCAACCACGCGGCGCACGGACUUUGCCUGCACGAACGAGAGAUUUCCCGAAGACGCAGGACGCAAAGAAAAAAGCGGGUGUAUCUGAGUAUCUGAGGAUUCUUAGCAUAUCAUCUUCAUCAUCCAAACGACAACCACUAUUUACAAAGUGUAAAGGACAUCUUUUCUACCACUCUUUGGGCCGUUUUUUUUGUUUCGCAGUAGACUAACCACAAAUACUUUGCAUUUUUGGAACUAUAGAUGAUAUCAGCUUUUAGAAAGCUUCCCUAAUACUGCAGAAAACAAUAUUUAGAUUUAAUUUAAAAAAAAUUAGGAAAUUUAGAUUUUUAUUUACUGACAAGUCUGCACGGAGGCUUCAGGAAUGGAAGUGGCUGCAGAUCAGUCUCGGUGGAUGGCGCAUCAUCACGCGGUGCUCAACGGCCAGCACCCGGACUCACACCAUCACGGCCUCACACACAACUACAUGGAGCCUAUGGCGCCGCUUUUGCCCCCGGACGAAGUGGACGUGUUUCUAAAUCACUUGGACUCGCAAGGCAAUCCGUACUACUCUAACUCAAGGGCAAGAGUGUCCUACAGCCAAGCGCACGCUCGAUUGAGUGGGAGUCCGGUCUGCCGUCCGCAUCUCCUCCACAGUCCCGGCCUCUCGUGGCUGGACGGGAGCAAGGCGGCCCUCUCAGCGGCGCACCACAACGCCUGGGCUGUCAGUCCUUUCAGCAAAGCUGGGCUUCACGCCACCAGCGCCAGUUACGCUUGCAGUGGCGGCUCGGCCAGUGGGCCGGCUUCCGCCUCUCUAGCGCCGGCGAGCCACGCGAGCCCUCACCCGCUCUACAACUUCCCACCCACGCCUCCGAAAGACGUGUCGCCAGACCCAGGACCGUCGUCUCCCUCCUCCUCCUCGGUCACCAGAAUGGACGAAAAAGAGUCGGUCAAGUACCAAGUGGGUGACGGUAUGAAGAUGGAAGGAUGCAGCCCUCUAAGGGGCGGCCUGGCCAUGAGCGCCCCACAAACGCCGUCCACGCACCACCCGAUCCCCACGUACCCGACUUAUUCGCUGCCCGCGGCGCACGACUACGGAGCCGGACUCUUCCAUCCAAACCUGCUCAGCGGCUCGUCCUCUAGCUUCGCACCCAAAUGCAAGAGCAAGGCACGCUCCAGCUCGGAAUUCUGCACAGAGGGCCGUGAGUGUGUGAACUGUGGUGCGACCUCCACCCCUCUCUGGAGGAGAGAUGGAACAGGCCACUACCUCUGCAAUGCCUGCGGCCUCUACCACAAGAUGAACGGUCAGAACCGGCCACUGAUCAAGCCCAAACGCAGACUGUCGGCAGCACGACGAGCUGGAACCUGCUGUGCAAACUGCCAGACCACUACGACCACGCUGUGGCGACGCAACGGCAACGGAGACCCGGUGUGCAACGCCUGCGGCCUCUACUACAAACUCCACAACGUCAACAGACCACUGACAAUGAAGAAAGAAGGCAUCCAGACACGCAACCGCAAGAUGUCCAGCAAGUCCAAGCGAAACAAGCGUGUGUCUGACGGCUUUGACGAGCUCUCCAAGAACAUGCACGACAAGACGUUGUCCUUUGCAAGUGCAGCAGGUGCCAUGGCUGCCCACAUGCCCCACAUGGGCCACCUGCCUCCCUUCAGCCACUCGGGCCACAUGCUGCCCACGCCGACCCCCAUCCAUCCAUCGUUCAGCCACCCACACCACACGGGCCGCUCGCCGGUCUGGGCCGAGCCUCACUGAGGAUCCCAGAAAUCUACAAACCUUCUUAUUCGACCUCCGUUGGUUGAGGUUGUUUAUUUUUAUUUUUAUUUUUUUGUUUGUUUUUUUGUUAUUUGUUUUUUUACACAAACAACCACAAGUGGAAAGAGGACAUUUUUCUUGUUCAUGAAUUCUCACGUCCCCUGAAUCACAGACAUUGCGUGAAAGGAGCGAGGACGUUACUAGCAUUCCUUUAUUUUGUACUGAGUCACUUUGGUACUGCCUGGAAAGACAGGAUGUGAGUUAGAGCAGAGUUUCUGUGUGCGUGCACCAGUCUUAUGUGUAUGUAUGUGUGUGUGGCUUUUGGACUCUGGAUCAGAGAAAAACACAAGAAAACAAAGAUUGCUUCUUUAACGCCUAACAUGCUGGGAUACACACACUUCACGGACACGCCUGCUUCUGAACACACUCUACAGACAUGACUAGCAAGCAAACAGAUGUUUAUAAAGCUCGAUUAUUAUUAUCGUUAUUGUUAUAAUUGUUAUUAUGAUAAUUUAUUUUCACACUUUAUUUCUUUUUUUUUUUGCCUCUCCUCAAAACCGUAUGUUUAUUGUUAUAAAUAUUAUUUGAUUGUUAUUAUUAAAACUAAGGAAAAGGAACAAAAAAAGAACACUGACUUAUCUUAGCCAAGGUGAUAUUGCUGAACUGUACGUUUCUAUCAUUUUCCAUUACACAAAUAAAGAAAUAAAGUUUUAAUACUUAUCAUCCAAUAA